CAGCCUAUGCGUGUGCAUCCCCCGUGAAUCGCUCCAGCAUCCCUGCGCAGGCAGCAGGACACACAAAAAAAAAUGAUGUGGAGAAAUAGAAAUAUAUAAUAAAAAAUGUAAUCGUGGGAUAGGACAGGGUGCUCGUUUGUUUGCGAUGACGGACGGAAAUUAUGGAAGAGAGGAUUUUGUGCUGCGCCUCUUUAGAGGACGGACCGCGCUAAGAGAAAUAAUGCGGAAUAUUUCCUCACAUAGGUGUUAACGCAAAAAAAAUAAAAAUACAAGAUGAAGAAGCAGUUUAAUCGAAUGCGACAGCUCGCCAACCAAACGGUGGGAAGGGCAGAAAAGACAGAGGUGCUGAGUGAAGAUCUUCUACAGGUGGAGAAGCGUCUGGAUCUAGUCAAGCAGGUGACACAUAGCACUCACAAGAAACUGACUGCCUGCCUGCAGGGUCAGCAGAGCACUGACACCGAGAAGAAAUCUGUCAAGUCACCUUCUAAAAAGCUUCCCCUCAAAAUCCUGGCCCAAUGCAUGGAGGAGGGAGCAGCAGUGUUAGGGGAUGACUCUCUCCUGGGAAAGAUGCUAAAGUUGUGUGGAGACACUGAAGAUAAGUUGGCACAGGAGUUGCUGCAGUUUGAGCUCCAGAUAGAGAGAGAUGUGGUGGAGCCUCUUUAUGUGCUAGCAGAGGUUGAUAUUCCCAACAUCCAGAAACAGAGGAAGCACUUAGCUAAACUUGUCUUGGACAUGGACUCAGCACGAACAAGAUAUCAGCAGUCAUCUAAGUCAUCCAGCCACCCAAGCACAAUGCAGCCCGGCGCCAAGUCCGAGUCCCUCAGAGAGGAGAUGGAGGAAACAGCCAAUAGAAUGGAAAUUUGUAGAGAUCAGCUGUCUGCGGAUAUGUACAAUUUUGUGGCCAAAGAAAUAGACUAUGCAAACUACUUCCAGACUCUAAUAGAAACACAGGCAGAAUACCACAGGAAAUCAUUAGAAAUUCUUCACGGUGUCCUGCCCCAGAUUAAAGCCCACCAAGAGGCGUGGGUGGAGAAGCCAUCGUUUGGCAAGUCUCUGGAGGAGCACCUGAAUAUUAGUGGGAGAGAGAUUGCGUUUCCUAUCGAGGCCUGCGUCACCAUGCUGUUAGAGUGUGGUAUGCAAGAGGAGGGUCUUUUUAGAGUGGCUCCAUCUGCAUCCAAGCUAAAGAAACUGAAAGCUUCGCUGGACUGUGGAGUUCUUGAUGUACAGGAGUACUCGUCCGACCCACACGCCAUCGCCGGGGCGCUGAAAUCAUACCUCCGUGAACUCCCCGAGCCACUAAUGACCACUGAACUUUAUGAUGAAUGGAUUCAGGCAUCAAAUGUUCAAGACAUGGACAAGAGGCUACAAGCCUUAAUGGCAGUAUGUGAAAAACUCCCCACAGACAACUUAAACAAUUUCAGAUAUCUUAUAAAAUUUUUGGCCAAGCUGAGUGAGUAUCAGGACUCGAACAAAAUGACACCUGGCAACAUGGCUAUUGUCCUUGGACCUAACUUGCUGUGGACACAAACAGAACCGAACAUGACGGAGAUGAUGACCACCGUUUCCUUGCAGAUUGUUGGCAUCAUUGAGCCGAUUAUUCAGCAUGCUGAUUGGUUUUUCCCUGGAGAGAUUGAAUUCAACCUGACAGGCUGCUAUGGGAGCCCAAUUCACACCAACCACAACUCCAACUACAGCUCCAUGCCCUCACCAGACAUGGAGCAGUCGGAACGCAAGCAGCAGCAGCACGACCAGAGUCGACGCCCACUGAGUGUCGCCACUGACAACAUGAUGCUGGAGUUUUACAAGAAAGACGGCAUUAGGAAGAUACAAAGUAUGGGAGUCCGAGUGAUGGAUACUUCCUGGGUGUCUCGCAAGGGCUCAUCCACGCUGACGCGCAAGGCUUCUUCCACCCCCCCUGGCACGCAAGGACCUGGCUCACCGGCUGACACGCUGAUCCCAGAGCAGCCUGGAGAACUAGCCACCUCACCCUCUGCUACGCCGCCGCUUGGAGAAAGGGUUUGCUCAGACAACGUGUUGUUCAAUCGGCCAGACACCUCUUAUGCCCACUCAACCCCUGGGGAGGACCGGCCGCCCCCUCCCUACCCUUCCUCCUCGUGCCACUCUGCCACUCACCACUUUUAUCCCAAACCCCCACCCUGCGCUCGUCCUGUGGCACCAGGUCCUGAAUCCCAGCCCCCUGGUUCGCCACCACCCCCAGUACGCUGGUCUGGCUUCACUCCGCCCGCCCCACCCCCUUCCUCCUCUUCCUCUUCCUCCUCUUCAUCGCUCGACAUCAAUUCAAACCCGAAACCUAGCUGCCUGCAUUUCCCCAAGCACAGUCCGCCAAGUGACAUGGCACAAGCCCCUCCCCCUGACACUAACGCUUCACCCCUCUAUGUCAAAACCCCCUUGCUAUUAACCCGCCAUGAGCAGAGUCACAGCAACCUCCCUAGCCUCCCUUCGUCCGCUCCCCCACCCCCGCCGUGGGCUGCCUGUCCAUGUGCCCGAGAGAGAGGACCCCCCAGGCUGACUAGUUCACUAAAGAGUAAAGAACUUUCCCCUGUGAUUGGGCAUAAAGGCAUCCAGGUGGCUAGUCCAACAGUGCCCCCUAGCUGUAGCCUUCAGAGCAGCAGCCAAUCCCCCCACUCCACUGAGCACAGUCCACACACCCUACGCAAAGGUUCCAAGAAGUUGGCCCCAGUGCCUCCAAAGGUCCCUUACGGCCAGUCUGGAGGAAUGUCUGACCAGUCCACAGGUCAGCCAUCACCUGUAAGCUUGUCCCCUACACCCCCCAGUACCCCUUCCCCUUAUGGACUGACCUGCCCUCCAGGGCAAGUACCUCCACCCUCCCCUGGGCAGACUCCACUCGGGCCAACCCACUCCCUAUCAUCUCCGCCCUCCCUGUCUGGGACGCUUACCAAGUCGCGGCCCGCCCCUAAACCUAGGCAGCGACCGAGCCUGCCCCCUCCUCAGCCACCCCCAGCGCCCCCACCAAUGGCUCCAGUCCCUCAGCCUCUGGAGCAGGGCCUCCUGGAUGGACUGUCUCCUGGAGAGAGCAUGUCUACAGAUAUCUUCAAUUAUGAAAUCCCCUCCAUCAAUGUCAAUUUGGACAGCCUCAUCGAUGAGUUCAGCGCCGCCCCCUGCAGGAGGUCCCUGGCGGUGACAGACUCUCCAGAGGGGGAUGCUGAGCCUGAGGAGGAGCCCCAGAGUACCAUUCUAUGACCUAUGACCCAGAGGUAUCAUUUACCAGCAUCCUGGGGGCUGUACAUGGGCUGUCCACCCUAAGGCCUAAAGGAAACACAGACUGGCCUCCCCAGUGUCCACCAGAAACCAGAACAUAAACCCUCCCUCACAUCUGCUACAGGCUGCAAAGAAACUCAUCUUUCUCAGCUGCUUGCUUUAACAUUUAUGUGACUGCAGAAACAAAACAAAAUGAAAAAAAAAAAAACACACACCAAAUGCCAUAGUGGAUGAACUGUUGCCUUCAAGAGAAAAGACUGGAAAAUAGAUAAGUAUUCGUCAAGAGAUAUUUUUUAUCACUGUUUUAUUUUUGCUUAUUUGCUUACUUUUGUCAUUAUGUUUCACAGUGAGAUGCUUUAUUCUUAUUUGUCCUUUUCUGUUUUGUUGUGUUUGCCUUAUAAGAACAUGCAAUUCAAGUUGCAAUAUGAAGUUUCACAGGUUGGGCUUUUUAAUUUAAUUUAAUUUUAUUGCCUUUGAGAGACUGGCAUGGCUGGAGCAAAUCCUCAGACUGAAACGCAUAGUGAGAGUGGGGCUCACAGGGUAUUCAACUUUGCACACAUGCAGGGCCCGUUAAGUCAGGCUUUGCUUGCAGGAUGAAACAUUUUACUCAGUUUUGAUUCAAUCAAUUCUUCUUUAGUCUCUUGUGAAAAAAAGGGGGGUCUUUGUUGAAAAUGUACACAUUUAUAGGUAAAACUCACUUAAAUUCACUUAACAGUGUACCAGCAAAUAAUCAGAAGAAUGUUAUAGAAUUUCAAGCUUUUUCUAUUUCCACCCACUGUUCAGUUUAGACAAAAGUACUGCAGUGUUUUUGCAUGAGAGACUAAUGUGACUGACCUUUUUCAGAUCAACUGAGUGGUUUUGUUUAUUUUCUAAAUAUACAUUUUACAGCCUUUCUUUUUUUUCACCUCUCAGAGUAAAUCAUGAGCCAACAACUGUUAGGAUGCUGCAACUUGAUGAUUAUGGACGGAAGACUACACUGCCUUUAUGUUUGUGUGAUUCUCUCUCUUAACUUUGUUUCAAGUGCUUCAGGUUCAGUGACCUUUGACCCCAGAGUGUAAAUACAAAGAUUGUACAUAGGUUUAUGUAUAUAAAAUUGAGAGAAAGAGUAUAUGUAUAAUGCAUAUUUGGAACAUAUAAGGAUAUUAAUAUAUGUGCUGAUAUUUAUUGUGUAGAAAAUGACAUGAUCAGAAUCUUGAUGUUAUGAUUUGUCCCUGCACACAUUGAACAGGUGUACUGAUUCCUUUUUUUUUUUUUUUACUUUAACGCCAGGGUUUUUACAAUGCUGCAGCAGACAUGCAGAAUGUUCCUCCUGCUACAACAUAUCUAAGGUGUUUGAGCUCUAACAACCGCACACUUACGGCUUACGAUCCCUUGUUUAAAAGCAAUGCUGUUAAAGUUAAUCUUCGUAAAGAAUUUAAAAUGCUUGAAAUGCUCCAGAUUUUUUAAACUUAAUUGGUUUAGAUAUGGAUCCAAUUAAUAAGGAUGGCUUUGAUAAGAAAAAAUGUUUAAAUAAGCAUAUUUUGGUUUUAGUCCAUAAUAAUUCUACUGUGCUUUUCAGAAGUAAUGCAAUACUUUGAUCUUUUUUGAUAUUGCACCACUUAAUGAACAUAAACUUCAGAAUACUUUAUUCACCAAUGCAUAGCAAUAAAUAUUUGUGAAAGAGAAAAUUAUGCUUUCUGUGAAGAACAGCUCACAACUCACAACCAUUUCUUAUUAAUCUUUUCUCGAUGCUUCGAUAAGAGUAGUUUCAAUGUUUGUUUUGGUUGCAGUCAGCAUUUUUUUUGCAGCAGCAGCAGCGUCUAUAAGGUUUUAUACUGCUUUGCUCUACUUUGUAGCUCUAUUCAUUAUCCCAUUAACCCAACAAACUUCCAUGUUUGCUUGUUAGAAAGCAUCCCUACAGCAUUAUGGAGCCCCCACCAUUCUUCACAGUGGGUAUUAUUUGGUUUUCUGGUACACCUUUAAUUUAAAGGUAUAGUGGAGGAUUUUUGUGCAGUCUUUGAAACACCCGCCCUCUCCACUUUAAAAAAAAUACAUAUGCACAACCCUGUACCCACUUCCGAGAGUGAACGCCUAUUAAAAGCGUACGACAGUAUGCACAAGCCCAUUUCUCCUCGUGCACCCUCUGUUUAAAAGGUGCUUUUUUGCAUCGCUCAUACAAGCUUACUUUCCAAAAGAAGAUUUAGAAUUUCUCCACUAUGUCAGAGAAUCACCACCAGUUAGUGAAAAUGGGGAUGAGCACGUAGGAUGGCCUUACGUAAACUUAUCACCAGAAUGAUUAACAUUUAGGAUUACCACUUAUUUUGAUGAUCCAUCCAGAAAAAGAACAUUCUCCACUCUACCUUUAACUUAAAAGUGUACAUUUAGUACACUCUGCCAUGAGCACUGUGUAUUACCUAUGCUCUCUUCCCUUUUAUGGAUUGUGGCUCACUGCAAUCAAAUGUUUAAUCUGCCAUGCUUCUAUUGAAACCAGGUAUAACAUGCACGAUUAAAUUAAAGCAUGAUCCACUUCUCCUGAGUUAUCAUGGGCCUCACAAACUGCUUCUCUUUUUCAUGAUCUCCUCAGUAGAUUAUUCAGUUUAGGUAAUGUCAUGAUAGCUUUGCAUUUAUUCCCUAUACUUUUUUCCCCCCUAUUUUUUGGAUAUUAAACAGUAUCCAAUGUUUCUUCAUGAAUUUCACCUUCACCCACCAUCCAUGUUCCUUCCUAUUUUUGUGGUUGGGUGCUUUUUUUCUGUAACAAAAAUUCUUAAACCUUCACAGAAGAUCCUUUUUUAAUUUGCUUAAGAGUGCAUUACACAUAGGGGGACUCUGUUAACUGAUUUAGUGACUUUUGAAGGCUGCUGGGUUUAGUUUUUUUUAGGGGUAGCACAGUAAAAUGGGUUGCAGACAAUUGCUCUGCAUUGUUCGUGAAAUGUUUUGAAAACUUUGAAAUGUUAGUUAAUUUUACAAUCAUAUGCUAUUUUGUGUCAAACUAUAACAUUGAAAAUCCCAACAGAUAUCACUGACAUUUGAGGUUGUAACGAGAUAAACAUAAAAGCAAGUUGAAAUGAUAGUAAUGCGCACAGAAAGGCACAGUAGAACCUUUAAAUUUAGCAGAUGGUAGAUGCGGAAGCUUUGCUUUUCUGUUUGAUAUGAAUCUUUACAAAAUAUUAAUGCUAUCAAUAAAAGUAGAUUUACAUGAUUUAAAGGUCCACCUUAGUCUAUAAAUGUGCUAGAAAUUACAUGUUCUGAAUCUGCUUUAAAAAAGCCAUGAAGUUUAUUAAAUCCUUUUACGUUUUAUGAGUGAAUCCAAAAAAUACGUUUGGUUUGUUUCCUCUAAUCCAGGAUUUACGGUAUGCCUCAGUCUGUGUGUUUUCAAUGAGCUAUUUCUAUGAAGAUUUUGGUGAUGUUGCUUAUCUUGAUAGUUGUGGUAGUUAUAUAACAAUAAUUACAAGUGCCCUCACUCUGGUUGUUACUUUUGAACAAUAGGAUUAUUCAAUGUGUGCUAGAGGCUUUUUAUUUUGUGUGUUGGAUCAAUUCAUUCAUACACAGGGGUGCAUCUCUGAAUGUGAGUGAUGCAGAUUUUUACCCAACAGAUCAGGAUCGAAAUACCUUUGGUCUCAAAUUUUGGCAUGUGUUGUUAUCAGAACGUGGUAUUAUUACUCUAAUGCUUUUAGCCAUCAUAACUGGAACUUACAACCACUUGGAAGCAUGCAUUUAAUUCAUUAUAAGUGUGAUAAUUAAGCAAAUACAAAGAAAACAAAAAAAGGAUCUGUGCUCUCCCUAAAAAUGUGACUCCUUAUUUUUUUUAGUUGCUACUGUAAAUUAACUUUACAGCAACUCUUUUCAAGUGCAUUUUCCUUAAAGCAACUUUUUCCAGUAAUGAUAUUCUGUUAUUUAAUGAAUCUUCUUAAAGACUGUAGGUCUAUUUUCACCACAUCACUUGGAAUGUUGCUCCAAAGCAAAGGCAAGUCCCUUUGCAUUUUGUCUGGGUUGAAAUAAGAAAGGAACAAAUAGGAUCAUGCAUGCAUUUGGAAAAUAUUUUAACAGACCAUUUUUUUCAUAAGCACUGUCAUUUUAAGGGGUUGUGAGAGAAUGUGAAAUGUGAAUUGCAAUGGACGUUUUUUUUUGUGUGAGAUUUUGAGCAAUAUAGAGGAGAAGCAGAGAUUGCCUGUGGAUGUACAGUCUCCUUCUGCUUUCAAAGCUAUUGUACAAAAUAAAUCUGCAGCUUGUUGAGCCCACCAUGCCCAACCCAUCGUCCUCUGCUUAGCGUAACGAGUGGAACACAGUGUGUACUGUGAAGCCUACCUGCAAUCCUUAUCAGAAUGUCAGAAAUGAAUAUAUAUUAAACUCUACAUUUUUAUUAAUC